AUGAAAUUCUCAUUAGUUUUAUUUAGUACUCCGGUCAAAAAAGUACUGUUAGGUCGACCAACAAAUAAUUUAACCUCGGGGAUCGUUGGCCUGGCAAACGUUGGAAAAUCAACUUUUUUCCAAGCAAUUACACAAUCUAAAUUGGGAAAUCCAGCAAAUUAUCCAUUUGCCACCAUAGAGCCCGAAGAAGCAAGAGUCAUUGUACCCAGUAAAAGAUUACAGCAUCUAAGUAACUUGUAUCAAACGGCAAAGCCAGUUCCCUCUACUUUAACCAUAUAUGAUAUUGCGGGAUUAACUCGAGGAGCUUCAAAUGGUGAAGGGUUAGGUAACAAAUUUCUAAAUGAUAUUCGGCAUGUUGAUGGGAUUUAUCAGGUAGUUAGGGGCUUUAUGAAAGAAGAUAUUACACACAUCGAGGGCAGUGUUGAUCCCGUAAGAGAUCUAAGUGUUGUUCAAGAUGAAUUGAUUUUAAAAGAUAUAGAGUAUCUAGAACGUAUUAGAGAAAGAUUGCAAAAGAAAAUGAACAAAACCGCAAAAAGUUGUAAUGAUUAUAAAGAAAUGGAAUUUGAAAUGAAUUUGUUAAACUCUUUGGAAGAACAUUUGUACGGAGGGCAAAAAAUAUAUCAUUAUAAGCAGAGCAAUGGAUCCGCUUGGACUGAAAAGGAAGUUGCGGUUUUAAAUAAACACAAUUUUCUAACUGCUAAGCCAAGUGUUAUUCUUUUGAACGUCUCUCCUAAAGACUACCUGCUACAAACUAACCAAUUUAAAGAUAAUGUUUAUAAGUGGAUACAAGAAUUCUCUCCUGGUGAUCCGCUAUUGUUGUUUAGCGCUGAAUUUGAAACAAAAUAUAACGAGUUAAUGUGCACAGAAAAUAAAGCUCCAAAACAACUCCAAGAAUAUUGCAGAGAAAUAGUGGACGGUGAAGCCAUUGUGAAGGAUAUAAAGAGUGCUUUGCCUGAAAUCAUUACACUAAUGAGGGAGAAAUUAGGUCUAAUCAGUUUCUUCACUUGUGGUCCCUUAGAAUGCAGACAAUGGUCGAUUAGAAAGGGUGCCACCGCUCCUAAUGCUGCAGGGAUAAUUCAUACAAGCUUGGAACAAACGUUUAUCAGUGCUGAAAUUAUCAAGUAUAGUGAUCUUGCUGCUUUAAGCCCCCCAUUCCAGGAAUCUUUUCUGAAAAACAAUGGGAAAAUUAAGCGUGCAGGUAAGAAUUAUAUUAUGGAAGAUGGUGACGUUGCACUUUUCAAAGCAGCAAAAGGAAAUGCCAGAUAA